CAUCUAUCCCCUUUCUCCCAUCCACAGAAAGAGAGAACCUGCCAAGAAUGAAAGAUCAUCAUCAUGCCUCAACUGAAUUCAACUCGUCGCAACAUGAACAAAAGCAACAACAGCAACAAAUGGCGACCGACAAGGGUAAUGCUAAUAGUAACACUACCACCAAUAACAGUAACAGUAACAAUGGCACCAACACGCAAACCCCCCAAUCUGAACAACCGAAAAAGGCAAAGCGCAAGCGAAUCACUCCCGAGCAACUGGAAGACCUCGUAGGACUUUUUGAAAAAACAGACACUCCUUCAUUCGAGAUUAGAGAGUCUCUUGCAAAGAAACUGGGCAUGACUAAUCGCGAGAUCCAGGUAUGAAGGAUUCAACAGAAUGAAAACGUUUAAUUGAUUUUACACAAUAUCGUCCAUUCCACACUUUCAUCUCCAUCGGUCACUUGUUCGUGUUUGUAAAAGAGUUUAAAAAAAAAACAAAAACACGCAUCCAAAUACAACCCACACAUUCUUGUCUUUAUGGGUAUGUGCACUUGCACAGAUGCCAA